GACGCAGGCGUUCUGGGCCUGGUCGAACUGCACGCCGCAGGGCCCGAGUUGCAGAAGGUGCUGUCUGACUUCGACAGCAAGGCAUGGAAAGCAGCGGCGACCCCCUCGCGAGACCACCACGGCCGCAAUGCUGGCGGAGCCGCGCUCGGAGUGCGCCGACACAUCAAAUACCGCUCUUUGUGUCGUCUCGCUGCCCGCGCUGAUCAGACGCUGGGGCAGUUGCGGCGCAGGAAGCCGGCCCCCGCGUUCGAGGCGGGACCAGUCGACUGCCAUGACUUUCAAGCCCUUACCACCCACAUGCAAGGAGGGCCGCCUACCAUCGUUGUGCUCUGCCUGUACGAUGGCCUUGGCGCCACAGGCGUCAAUAUCAGGAAGCUGCAGCCCGUCGGCGUCCUGGUUCGCGGCCUUCAGGGCGACUGGAUGGUUAUCGGGGACUUCAACAUGCCGCCGGAGCAGCUCCAGCAGAGCGCAUGGCCGGCCGAGGUCCAAGGCGAGAUCGCUGCACCCACCGACGUCGCUUUCUCCCAGCACACCGGCGGCCGCAUGCUGGACUGCAGCGCGGUGGGCGGCAUCGGCGUCCACCGGCCUUGCCAGCUGCUCGCCCACGUCGGCGGCGAGUUCAGAUCCCACGUAGGCCUGAUUGCGGGUGUUGAGCUGGGCGCGUCCGGGCGGAG